GCAGGUCAAGCUGACAUGACACACGAAGCGUAUAUAAAUCCGAUUAAGAAGCGGGAGCUCCCAUUUUGCAUCUGGCACUAUCCACGUAAUAUCAUGUGGUUGUAUCUGACAUUUCUCCUAAUCAUUGGAUCAGCCGUAGCCGAUCAUCAACAUGCUUGGGAAACUGGAAACGAAUAUCACUUUCUUAUACAAAGCCAUACAUUGACGGUCUUAGACAAGCUAGCUAAUCAGUUCUCUGGGGUUUAUAUAAAGGGUGGUCUCACGAUUCAGGUGAAAUCGUCAGACACACUGCAAGCUGUGGUUUCCCACACGCAGUAUGCGCCCGUGCACAAAGAAAUUCCGGAAGGUUGGAAUGACGCUGAGGUCAACAACCUUAAACUUCAGAAGCUUUCCAUGUCGGAAAAGCCCUUCGAGAUCAAGCUCAAGAACGGAGUGAUCCAAGAUGUAUUGGUCGAUCAAGAUGUCCCUACUUGGGAGGUGAAUUUGCUGAAGAGUAUCGUGAGUCAGCUGCAGAUUGACAUUCGGGGCGAGAAUGCGAUAGGGGGCAGGGGCACUCAAGAGCCCGAUGAUAACCAGCCCUUCGGUACAUUUAAAGUCAUGGAGGACUCUGUCGGCGGCAAGUGCGAGGUUCUUUACGAUAUUAUGCCACUGUCUUUAAAUGCUCUCUUCAAGACGCCAGAAUUAGUACCUUUUCCAAAUCUCCGCAACGGUGAGAUUCUUAUCGAUAUUACGAAGACGAAAAAUUACACUAGAUGCGAGCAGCGAAUGGCUUAUCGUUCUGGUAUCGUCGGUAAAGUGAACUGGGGACCGGAAUCUAACGAUGGACUUCUUUCAAGAUUAUCUACGAGUCGCAUUAUCAUCUCGGGCAACCUGACACGUUUUACUAUUCAAUCGUCCGUGACGACAAACAAUAUAUUCGUCAGCUCUAAAAUUCAGGAUACGUACUCCGGCGCUGUCUUCGUUACAGUAAACUUAACUUUGGACAGAAUGAGCGAGAUUUCCAACCUCAUGCCCGUGUCCAACAAUCUCGUAUCAACCGGAAACUUAGUGUACACUUACAACGAUCCGUUCUCUAGCCAGCACAUACCGAGUGUCAGUCGAGGUCCCUUAGCGGCUCGGUCGUCCGAGAACCGCGGUUCUGACAGUUCUAGUGAGGAAAGUCACAUCAACGAUGACAUCAACGGCAGUUCUUUAAGUAAUUCAAGCUCCAACAAUGAAGAGCGCGACUUGCAACCAAAAUUAGCCGACGCUCCGAAGAGUCCAAUAUUGCCUUUUUUCUUCGGAGACAAAGACAAGAGCCUCGUGAAGGAUGAAGAGAAUUCUGCUGCGGCCCGCUUGAUUAUUUGGAUAACCAGUAAAAUGGAGAAUUUCCCUGAUGAUAUGUUGCGGAAGCCAUUCACAGAUAUCUUAGAGCAAUUCACAAUUCUGGUCAGAUUGAUUCGUACCAUGGAUGUCGAGCAGAUAACUGAAUUAGAGAACGUAUUGGCCGAGUUGCUCCGCGAUUAUAACACAUCUUUUACUAAAGAAUACCAGAAAUUAUACAACCAAACCGCAUGGGAUGUCUUUCGCAACGCCGUUACAGAGGCCGGAACUGGGCCUGCUCUCAUCACCAUCAAAAACUGGAUAAUAAACAAGAAACUCGGGAGCAUGCAAGCGGCAGAUAUCAUUUCGAGAAUUCCCAAAGUCGCACUUACACCUACGGCUGAAUAUAUCAAUGCGUUUUUCGAACUGAUCACUGAUGAACAAGUAAGAAAACAGAGAUUUUUGAACACAACCGCACCUUUGUCAUUUGCCGAAUUGGUCCGUUACAGUCAAAACAACAAGUCAUCUAUCUACUAUUCGGUGUACGGUGUCGGUCGUACGGUCUCCAAACAUGACAAUGCACUUCUGGAAACUUAUAUUCCAUAUAUGGCCACUCAAUUGAGAGAAGCCAUCAAUGAAAGCGACAGUCUUCGAAUACAAACGUACAUUAUGGCGUUGGGUAAUUUUGGUCAUCCAAAAGUACUCUCCGUCUUUGAGCCGUAUCUGGAGGGCACGUUGCCGGUAUCCAAAUUCCAACGUUUGAUGAUGGUCAUCACGUUAAACAAAUUAGGCGAAAACUUUCCGAGAGUCGCCAGAUCCGUCGCCUACAAGAUCUACGUGAAUACGAUGGAGGCAUACGAGUUACGUUGUGCAGCUGUCUACGUCAUAAUGAAGACCAAUCCACCUAUGAGCAUGUUGCAGCGAAUAGCGGAAUUCACUAAUCAGGAUGAAGAUCAUCACGUAAAUUCUGCCGUCAAGACUAGCAUAGAGAUGCUUGCUGAUUUGAAACAACCGGAGUUCCAAUCUCUCGCUAACAAGGCGCGUAUCGCUAGAAAGCUAUUGAAUCCUCGCAUUUAUGAAAAUGACUCUCAAAGCAUCUUUCAGAAAGUGAUUCACGCUUAUCUAAAUGUUGAUCAAACAAAUAUUCUCCAGACAAUUGGUAGCGUGGACAACAAUAUUCCUAAAGGUGUAUAUUUUGAUAUACAUCAAUCUUUCGGUGGCUUCACUUUACCUCCCUCAAAACUAAUGUAUACAGUGUCACACAUCAGAGAAUUGCUAUCAGAUAUGUGGUACCAGAAUACCGGGUUAAAAAAUACAGGAAAGAAAUCGAUUAUUGAAGAGACUAUUGAGAAGCUUGGUAUUAAGCCCGAUAAUCCGGAACAGUUCGAAGGAAAUGUUUUCAUUGACAGUAUACUCUCUUCAAGCUUCUAUCCCCUCGACAAUAAUACGUUUAACGAAAUGCUCGAUACGUGGGGAAGGUAUCUCGAAUCGCUCAAGACAGCCUCACAUUUUGAAUCCAGAAACAAAAAUUACCUCUACCAAUACGACAUGACGCUGGGAUUCCCGACUGAAAGCGGCCUGCCGUUUAUGUAUACCUUAACGAUACCGAAAUUAGGGAGAAUUAGCAGCGGAAAAGCUCUCACAGAUAAAAAUGCAUCUUUAGUACUAACAGUGGCGGGCCAUUUACUAUCAAGCGAAAAGCUCCAGAGCAGAAUUGGUUUCGUAACGCCUUUCGAGCAUAGGCACUACAUUGCCGGUAUCGAUAUAAACACACAAAUCUUCAUACCAGCCGGUUUAAGUGUCAAAAAAUCGGAAAAAGGAAAUAAAUAUCAGAUUGAAAUGCAUCCCCGCGAAUAUUAUCGAUACGGCACCGGGCAUAUGGCGAUUCACCAUAGCGUCGUUCCUUAUACCGCAAGCCCCAUCGUUCUGUCUCAUAUGCCUGUUCCCUCCAGCAAUGACACGCGCCUGGUGAACACGAAGGAACCGCAAGAAAUAGAAUUCGCGCUAGGCAGUGCGAUCUUCGCGGCAAGAAGUGAUCAAUUUGACACUGAAACCUCGAAGAAAAUGGGAAUUGAAGCCCUUGGCGACAUUGCUAAGGUAUUUAGGAAUAGUGGCGCCCAUUACAGAAAAUUUGACUUAAUCGUGUAUCUCACGGCAGCGCAUGUAAACAUAACUCUCGAUGGUUCAGAGACGUUUGACUUCGACAGUUCAGAGGCAACAAUUCCUGCAACAGUUGACAAACAGCCGGAAAGCGAGGCGAGAAAAGCACAAUUCCUAAAGGAAGUCAGCAAAGAUGUCAAAUCCGCCGUCAAUUAUGUUUACGACCUAAGUAUUCUUACUGAGGAUAAUCAACACGUUCUCACUCUCGCUGGGGCAACCAGCCGCAUAAAUGACAAGCAUCAGGUCCUUUUAUAUUGGAAUAUCCAAUCGCCAAGCGACGGAGAAGUCUUUCUGGAGUUUUGCACCAUUGGAUACCAGCAGUCAUCACGCAGCGUACCUCUAAACUUUAACAAGGCGACCGAACAGAUGCCGAUGUCUGAAUUUAAAGCUGAGAUGCGAGAUAACGAAAAGACGAUCAGACUCAAAGGAAAUUGGACUCGUACAGACGAUGCCAAGCGGAUGGCAAUGACAUCCGAGAUAGUCGAGAACUGUCAGCAAGAAAUUAAAAAAGGCAACAUUUGGACGCCAACUUGUAAGCGAGCCAGCGAUUUAGUCAAUCGGAAAGAUCAUUUUAUGAUGACAAUAGACACGGACUCGGAGCAAAUCUAUACGCUUGCUAACAAAAUCAUCCUUUUCAUCAAGAUGUUUGUUUCCAAAGGAAAUAUGGAGAUGCCAUUCUGGGGAAGUGCUAACGAGAACACUAUCGAUAUGGAGAUAAAAAUGCAGCCCGAUAACAAUGAUGCGAAAAUUUCCUUGCGCACUUCGAAAAUGGACGUUGAGUUCUCUUUGAAAGACAUUUCCAACAGAGAAUUCAAUAUCUCAAACAUUCUCGACGAAGACACAGACGGAUCUAUGUGCGUUCUGGACAAAACUCAAGUUGUUACUUUUGACGAAAAGGUCUAUCCCUUGAAAUUGGGGAAUUGUUGGCACGUGAUGACGACCACUUAUCCAAAAGGGAGUCCUUUUAAUACCGAAAAACUUAUGGAUAUUCCGAUAUAUUUGAGGGUGAUGAUUCUGGCACGAGAAAUGGAUGAUGGCAGCAAACAGAUCCGGAUAAUAUUAGAUGAACGAGAAAUUUAUCUGAAGAAAUCGGGUGAUGAUCUCGAAGCUACGGUUAACGGUCGGGUAGUUGACAUCUCGGGUGAUAAAACCCACCAAGAAAACACCUUCGAAAUCUAUCGACUGGACGGAAUGAUCGCAAUUUUCUCGAGCGAACAUGAGAUCUACGCUGUGUAUGACGGCGAACGUAUCCUACUGCAUUCGUCCUUCAAAUAUCUCAAUUCCGUACGCGGUCUUUGCGGCAACUACGACUUGCGUUCCGACAACGAUUUCAUCGUUCCUAAAAAUUGCAUUGUGACGAAGCCCGAAGAAUUCGCCGCCACAUAUGCCCUAACUGAGGAGAAUUGUCAAGGACCCGCUUUGCAGAAUAAACAAAAAGCCGAACAAUCCACGUGCAUUUCGAGGUUGCCUCGCCCGAGCGAUGUCAUUAGUGAUAGAGAAGCGGGAAGGUCUCCGAACAAGAACAGAAGAUGGAGCUAUCAUUAAGAUAACUACUAAUAUGUUUGUGAAAAGCAAUAAUCGUAUUGUUUCAUUAUCAGAGCCUGCAAGAGUUGUAAACCUAC